GCCCUAAAGAGGUUAUUUUUAAUGGUAAAUAUUUACUUAUCAAUAUUGUAGGAUGGGUACAAGCACAGGCUCUGAACCCAAGCUACCAGGGUUUAGGGUUGCCAGAUUUAGGAAAUAAAAAUACAGGGCACCUAGUUAAAUUUGAACUUAAGACAAACAACAAAUAAUUUUUUAGUAUAAGUGUGUCCCAAAUAUUGCACGUGUGCAUGUACAUGUCGCAAGUAUACAUGGUUUGUUUUUUUACUGAAUCAUUGGAAACAAGUUACAGACACAACACUUCACCCCUAAAUAUCUCAGUGUUCCUUAUAGAGGUAGCUUUCAUAUCAUAGUACCAUCAUCACAUCUAAGAAAAUGACUAAUUCUAUAUCUCAUAUUCAGUUCAUAUUCAAAUUUCCCCAUUUGUCCUAAACUGUUAUUAGCAGGGAAGGGCAUGGAUUCUGGAGAUGAAGAAAAGUGGAAGGAAUUCCUCCUCAAUUUCCCCUUUCAUAAAAUCGGGAUAAGACUAGUACCUACCUGAAUAUUCACAGCGAGCAGCCAUGGAUUUGUGGAACUGGGAUGAAGCAUCAGCACAGGAAGUGCCCCUGGGGAGCAGGCUGUCAGGUCUGGAAGGAGCUGAACUCGACUUCUAUUUCCCUGAACUGGCACUCCAAGGGGACACGCUGACAGCGGAUACAGGUUGGAAAAGUGUCUGUGGGCUGGGACCCCUGAGCGCUGGGGAAGGGCUCCCACAGCCGGACUGGGGCUCCGCAUUACCGUACCCAGAAGCUCCAUGGGGGGCGGAACCCGCCCCUCAGCCUCUUCCGUGGUCGGGAGACUGGACAGACUUGCCGUGCACCGGCUCGGUCCCUUGGAGCCGCGUCUCCCAGGCCCUGGGUCCCGCCCUCUGGGCUGGCUCUGAAGGGGCAGCCGCCCAGAACUGCGCCACCUCCGCGGAAAGUGCCAACUCGUGGUCGGGCGCCCAGGUCGCCGCCAGCUCCACCAGCUGGGACUAUUCUGUUGGCCCGGACGGCGCCACCUAUUGGGGCAAGAGCCUCGGCGGGGAGCCGCCCGCCGACUCUACCAUUUCGUGGGGCGGGCCUGCGGGAUCGGACUAUACCAUCUCCUGGGACUCGGGGCUGCAUACGGACUGCACCACCUCUUCGAAGGAGUACCAGACUUCAGAUCUCACCACUUCUUCCGAACCGAGCCAGCAGUCGGACCGCGCAACCUUGGCUUGUUACCCCAAAGCUAACCACCGAGGUGGCGCGGCUGUGGGGCGAGCGCAAGAGGAAGCCCGGCAUGAAUUACGAGAAGCUGAGCCGAGGUCUGCGCUACUACUACCGCCGCGACAUCGUGCGCAAGAGCGGGGGGCGCAAGUACACGUACCGCUUCGGGGGCCGCGUGCCUGGCCUAGUCUAUCCCGACUGCGUGGAGAGCGGACAGGGAGCAACGACUCAAUAAAAAUACACGGUCAAGCAUCGUUGUGCGUGCUGUUUGCAUCCUUCCCACGGAUACUAACUACGUCUGCUAGGGAGCCUGUGUGCACCAGCACACCCACAUCGCCUCCACAGCCCCGUGUGAUCCCGAAACACACAGGGGGACCUACCGUGUGCUCACUGUGUCGUGGGACACGCAGAGGAAUCAGACAGUCCCCACUGGGCCUGCCUACCGUGUGCCUGCCCUGUACUGGGACUUGCACAAGAAUCAGACCCAAUCACUAACUUUCGAGUUUAUUU